AUGGCAAACACAUACGACGUGGUAGUCGUCGGAGCAGGCCUCAGUGGCCUCCAAGCCGCUCACUCGAUCCAAGCUGCAGGCUUCAAAGUGUGCGUACUCGAAGCCAUUGACCGGGUCGGCGGCAAGACGUUGACUGCCCAAUCGUGCGAGAAGGGCUUCAACGACCUCGGCGCGUCCUGGAUCAACGACACCAACCAGAGCGAGAUGUUCAAGCUGUACCAGCGGUAUGGCCUUGAGACGGAGACUCAGCGCGACUGCGGCGAUACUCUGAUUCAGUCGGUGGAUGGGAGUGUCGUGAAGGUGCCUUAUGGACAGCUGCCGGUGUUUCGGGACGAAUGCGCCCUGAUUGAUCUGGACAAGCCGACUGAGUCGCCGCGCGCCAGGGAGAUCGACCAGCUCACCUUUCGCGAGUUUUGCAUUCAGAGCGUGAAGUCGGAUGAAGCGGUCGGUGUUGCUGAUGUGCUCUCGGUGUCUCUACUGGGGGUGCAGAGUGACGAGGUCAGCGCGCUCUACAUGCUUCUUUACUUUAAGAGCGGCGCUAGAAUCGACAAUAUCAUCUCGGACGAAAAGAACGGGGGGCAGUACUUGCGAUGUCGACAAGGAAACCAAACCAUUGCUCGGAAAAUGGCCGAAGAGCUAGGGCCUGGUGUCGUCUUCCUCCAGAUGCCAGUGACUGCCAUUGAUCAUUCUCGACGUGGACACUGUGUGGUCCAUACCCAGCGCGGCAGACCCUUCCAAUGCCGCAAAGUGAUCGUCUCCAUUCCAACCAGCCUAUACCACAAGAUCACAUUCAGCCCAGGCUUACCAGAGAAAAAAGCCAUCCUAAGCGACAACACCACGACGGGCUGCUAUACAAAGAUGAUCUACGUCUUCCACGAGCCAUGGUGGCACAAGGCCAAUCUAUCCGGCGUGCUCGACUCCGACAAGGGCCCGAUCAUCUUCUCCCGCGAUACCAGCAUCCCCCAGGACAACCAGUGGUCCAUCACCUGUUUCCUGGCCGGCGACAAGGGACGAGACUGGUCCAAGCUCCCCCGCGCAUCCCGCCACGCACAAGCCUGGGCGCAGUUCAGCCAGAGCUUUGGCAAGUUCACCGAGGUCCCUCGGCCAGCCAACACGCUGGAGAUGGAGUGGACCAAGGAGGCGUUUUUCCUGGGCGCCCCGUGUCCGAUUACCACGCCCGGCGUGCUGUCGGCGGUGGGGGGCGAGAUGGCCACUGCUGUCGGUGAUGUGCAUUUCGUGGGUACGGAGACUUCUCGCGAGUGGCGGGGUUAUAUGGAGGGGGCGAUUCGCUCUGGGCUGCGGGGAGGAGCUGAAGUGGUGAGGGGAUUGGAUGCUGCGAGUCGUCUUUGA